AUGGGCUCUAUCAUCGGUCAGCCACUAGGCGAUGAGCUUCGCCGCGAAUACGGUGACGACCUGGCUAUCGAGGGCGUCGACUAUGCAGCGCUGCUUUCCACCAACUAUUUGCCCGGCGGCACCGAUCUCGUCUCUGAGCGCGAGAUGCGCGGCAUUCUUGAAGACAUCAAUAGUCAAUGCCCUUCGGCUAUCAUCGUCUGCGGUGGCUACUCUCAAGGUGCAGCAGUCAACCACCGUGCUAUCGAGGAUCUUUCCACCAGUGUCAAGAACCAGAUCGCGGGUGUUGUCACCUUUGGUGACACCCAGAACCGCCGUGACAACCAGCAAAUCCCCAACUUCCCCCGCGACAAGCUCCAAAUCUUUUGCGGUGGGCUUAUUCGCGACACGGUUUGUGACGGUAACCUCGCAGGGGCUGUUCUACUUCCUCAUCUCAGCUAUGGCGAUGACGCGGAGGAGGCUGGCGAGUUCUUGAUUGGAAAGAUCAAUGCGGUUCGUGCUGCUAAAGCUUAG